UCCACUUCCACGGUGUGUCGUUUUCUAAGACGACAUGCAUGUAAUAGGGAAUAGGCCAAGGACUCACCGCCAUUCAUAGAUAAGAACAAAGGUUAAAUCCGAGAAUCCAGGUUUUCACCACUUCUAAGCAUCCAUACCUGGAGGUCCACAGUCUUCUAGGAUCUUAUGGUCGCUCAAAGGAAGUAUAUAUAAAGCUUCAUUUCCAAUCACUUUUUCAGCAUUACUCCAUCAGCCCAACAACAAGCAACAAUGACGCACAACUCAAGCACCUACCUCUCAAACGGGAUCCACGCCCUCACAGCCGGCUCCCCAACAAACGAAACCGUCAUCCUCCUCCCGGGCUGGCCCCAAAUAGCAGAAGCCUACCUCCCGAUAUUCCCCCUCCUCUCCCCCCACUACCACCUCCUGGCUCUCGACCCACCCGGCCUCGGUUCCUCGCCUCCCUCACCCCACGGCUACGACACCUUAACCAUCUCCCACCUCCUCGAAUCCUCAAUCCAUCCCCUCGUCCCCCCAACCCAGAAAUACCACCUCGUAGGCCACGACAUCGGAGCCUGGAUAGCCUACGCAUGGGCCGCUCAAUUCCCCUCUUCCCUCCUCUCCCUCACGAUCCUCGACUCCGCGAUCCCGGGCUAUGGACCACAGGUCUCGUAUCCUCUGCCUGAAGCAGUGAAUAUCAAGCUCUGGCAAUUCUCGUUUAACGCCCUAUCUGACCUCCCGGAGAUCUUGACCCAGGAGAAAGAAAAAGAAUUGCUAAAUUGGCUGUUUGAUCAUAAAGCCGUGCAUCCUGAACGGAUUACGCAGCAAGCGAGAGAGCGGUUCGUGGCUGCUUAUGAGAGAGAGGGAGCGAUGAGUAACGGGUUUGCGUAUUAUCGGGCCGUGGCGGAGAGUGCGGGGCAGAAUAGGGUGUUUGCGGCGAAGGGGAGGUUGGAUAUACCGGUUUUGGCUUUGGGUGGGAGUAAGGCGGUCGGAGCGGGGUUGGUGGGGAUGGUUGGGCCGCUUGCGGUGGAGGUGGAGGGUGGGGAGGUUGCGGAUUGUGGGCAUUAUGUUAUGGAGGAGCAGCCGGAGGUUGUUGCGGGGAGGUUGGUGGAGUUCUUUAGGCGGGCUAGUUCGGGUGAGAAUUCUGUGGAUGCAGUGAAGUAAAAUCCUCUUUCUGAGAUCCAGUUAGCUGUGAUCUUGAAUAGUCAAGAAAUGGAAUUCUUGUACUUAUCAUUUUGAAACAAAAAAGAACUGUACAUAUCCAAACCAUC